GUCGUUGGAGACGGCCAUCAGUUCAGUGGCGAAACAGCCUACUAAGUAUUCGUUUGUUGACCCGGGGUUUGUCGUUGGAAACCAAUAGUUUUGGGGUGAUUUUUGGUCGGAUUUGUGGACCAACUGAAUGAAGUGAACCUCGUAUAAAACAGCAUGCCAUGGAGAAUGCCUGCCGGCAUACUGUUGCUACAGUUGCUAAUGUCCCUUUCGGGCAUUUCUUAUGGACGUGCACUAAACUACCUAAACAAUAGGCAGCCGAAGGAAUGUGUGCAGUUGCCGGCGCCGGUACUGUCCAAUAUCCUAGGGCCGGCGUACAAUUCGCGCUACAUGAGCAUCGACAAGCCCCCCGUUAUGGACGAAGUGCCGGCCCACGGCGAAAUGGACGGGAAGCGACGUGCCGGGAUUGGGCUGUUUCCCACUUUCUACGUUGAAGACGACUUUUCGGAGGAACUCGGAAAUAGUCCGGCCUGGGCCGUAGACCACGUCCAAGAUACGGCCAAUCAGGUUCUUAAAGCGCCCUUUAACAAGCGGGAAGCCUUCGACUCAAUCCUCCACGAAAUGGACUCGAAAACCCGCUCCGCUCGGAACGCUCGCCGAGGACAGAACGGUGACGGAACCUCUCGUCCAUGGGAAUGUGACGCCAAGAUACGCUGGAUUGACCUGGGAGAUGAGUACUACCCUCGCUUCCUGCGCACCGUGGAAUGUGCCAAGACUCGCUGCUGGUAUGGCCAUUACCAGUGUACACCGAGAUCCUUCACGGUCAAAAUGCUGCGCAAACUCACCGGACAGUGCGUUCCGGCUGACCAGUUGCACAAGGUUGGCGUCGAUGGACUCCCCGGAGAGCUGAGCGAACUUUGGGUCUGGGAGGAACGGGCCGUCAACUUUUGCUGCGACUGCUCGCCCCGGUUCUGAUCCCCCCGCUAAUUUUAACUCGUGAACAUUGAUGACGAAAUAUUUUAAUAAACCAUUUAGAACAUGUCA